AUGGGAAGUGGACUGUCUAACAAUCAAGUCAAUAACUUUAGGUAUGGUGUAAUUUCUAGAGUCUAGAAUGCUAUCUCUAUUUUAAGAGAAGUCUUUAGAAAAUGAUAAAGUAAAAGCUGACUAAAGUGAAUUUAACAAUAGAUUAGAGGAUACGACCAUGGUGUCGCAAAAGAAUAAACUCAAGUUUUAAACUAAUCUCAUUGAAAUGAUUCGUAAUAAACCGAAAAAGGUGAAUACAACUCCGAUGCGUGUUAGUGGAGUUAUUUCUAAAUCCCCUGGUAUAAAGAAACCAUUUAUUGAAUAUGCUCAAACAAAUCUCAUACACUUUGUUAGAUCAUCUUAAAAGAUGGAAGUCUCUAUAUUCAAUAUAUCUAGAAAGCUGAACUUUCAAUGGAAAAAUAUCUCAACAUUAAGGAAUCUCAGAUGUUGAGCUCCCAAAGACUCAAGCCUCGCAAAUCUUUAGCUGUUUAGAACACACUCGAAGUUGUAUAGACAUCUCGUCUGGAAAAAAGUAUAAAUGUUGAAGGAAUGGCAUAAAUUAAUUAAUACACAGUAAUUGAAAACUUGGGUCAGGGAGCAUUUGGUAAAGUAAAAAAGGCUCAGAAUUUUAAGGGAGAAUAAUUUGUAUUGAUAUCUGUUUUAUUUCUAGGCAAUUAAGAUAGCAAACAAAAAAAAACUAAAAAAGAAACUUUUAUCUAAAUCAAAUGCAUAUACAAUGUUGGAAAGAGAAAUUGCAAUUAUGAAAAAAGUAGGAUUUAUAAAAUAUUCAUCAUAGAUCUCGCACACUAAUGUAGUUCAAUUGUAUGAAGUCAUUGAUGAUCCUAAAUAAGAUAAGUUGUACCUAGUUAUGGAAUUUAUGGGAAAGGGUAGUAUUCUUAGUAAAGGGUUUUUUAAAAAGAAUAAAUAGACAUCCAAUAUUUUGGAUGAAAUCGAUGAUAAAAAUAUCAAUUCAAGAUUGACCGAAGAAUAAUGUAGACAUUACUUUAGUGAUUUCAUUAAAGGAUUAGAUUAUUGUAUUUUAAAUUAAAUUUAAUUAAGUACAUGAAUGUGUUAAUGUUAUACAUAGAGACAUCAAACCUGAGAAUUUAUUAGUCAAUAUUCAAGAUUAAUUGAAAAUAGCUGAUUUUGGAGUUUCACAUAUUAUGGAAGAUGGAUAAGAUGGGAGAAUCUCCAAUUAAACUGGCACUCAAGCUUAUUUGGCACCAGAAGUAUUUAAAGGUAUUUCAUUAUCAAAUAUUAUUCAAGGAUAGAAUUUCGAUGGAAAACCUGUUGAUAUAUGGGCAGGAGGAGUGACUUUAUAUUAGAUGGUUUAUGGUAAACUACCCUUUCCAAGUUAAAAAUCAAUGGAAUUAAGAUAAUAAAUAUUAGAGGACAGUCCUCCUUACCCUUAACCAACUGGAUUUCAUCCUUCAAUUCUUAAAUUACUAUAAGGAAUGCUGGAGAAGAAUCCUGAAAAGAGAUAUAAAAUAGAUUAAAUUAUUUUAGAUGAUUGGUUGACUGAUUUUGGUAAAUAACCAUUGCAGAAUGAAUAUAUCCAAUAUGUGGAUGUUACUGAAAUGGAUAUCAAAUCUGCCUUGACUAGUUUAAAUAUCUAGAUGGCCUUGAAAAUUGUGGUUAAACUUUUGUAUUUAUCAAAAAAAGCGAAAAAAAAAAUAGCUUUGAAAAAAUAAUAAAAGAAGAUUUGA